AUGGCAACCCGUUCGCGCGAUGCAAAGGACUAUACAGUCGGAUGGCUUUGCGCACUUCCAAUCGAACUCGCAGCGGCACGACUAUGUCUAGACGAAAACCAUGGAGAUCUGGUCUACGAUCCUAACGACUGCACACAUUACACGCUGGGGAACAUUGGCGCGCACAAUGUUGUUAUAGGGUGUCUUUCCGCAGGCCAGAUUGGUACAAACUCCGCCGCAACCAUAGCCGCAAAGAUGAACGCCAAGUUUCGGAAUUUACGAUUUGGGCUCAUGGUUGGUAUCGGUGGUGGAGUACCCGGUCAAAGUAGUGGUGGUAGCAGAGAUGUCAGACUUGGUGAUGUGGUUGUCAGUCAACCUGCUUCCGGUCAUGGAGGGGUCAUUCAGUACGAUUUUGGGAAAUCUGCCUCGGACGGGUUCGUGAAUACCGGCUUUCUUAACGCUCCACCUCAAAUACUCCUUCAAGCUUUGACAAAGGUUCAGGCCCGUCAUCUUGGUGGCGAGACAGCAACAUUGGCAACACAUUUGGCGGCUAUCGAACAGCAGAGGAACUUUCGAAGGCCAUCAGCUGCGGACGUGCUUUUCAAGGCUACAUAUGAGCACGUUAGUGGCGAAACUUGUAAGAAUUGCAAAGGCGACGAAGUAGUAGACCGAGAACUACGUCAGAGCAAUGAAAUAGUGGUUCAUUAUGGCACUAUCGCUUCUGGGAAUCGCGUCAUGAAAUCCGCAAGGGAGAGAGAUCGAGUUAGCGCAAAAUUUAAUGGAAUCCUAUGCUUCGAGAUGGAAGCGGCGGGUCUGAUGAAUAGCUUUCCAUGUGUUGUUAUUCGCGGGAUCGCUGAUUAUGCGGACUCGCACAAAAAUAAGAACUGGCAACCUUAUGCCGCGGCUACUGCGGCUGCGUAUGCGAAAGAGCUCUUGUCCGCUAUCCCGGCCGGACCUACUCAGGAUGAAAUAUACGAAGAAUUGAAGUCUCUUGUUGAUCCAGCGCGCCGUGACGCUGUGACUGUCGACCAAUUCAUACCGUGUUUGUCCCCAGUCAACCGGUUUGCCCUGACGCAAUCACCCGGAGAUUGUAAUGCUGAUGAAUCGUCGAAAUUCCAUUGGGUAUUUAAAAACAUGGAUUACGAAGCAUGGGAUACUGCCAACCAGUCAGCGGUUUUGUUGCUAUCUGGUCCAACGGUUUGCGAUAUACGUCAAGUUUCAUUCUCCAUUAUACAAAGAGAGAUAGAGAUGGCUAGAGCUGGCGGUAGCUUCGUUCUGUACUUUCUCUGGACCCCAGAAAUCGCAGAAAGCCCAGUUGCCAUUCAUACCCUUCUUAACCAAUUGUUGCGUCAAUUACCGCCUGACGAACAAACAUCAUGCGUGCGACAUUUCCUAAAUCGCCUCCUGGAACAUAGGUUUAAACUUAGAGAAACUCCAGGUUGGGGAAAGUCAUUCAGGCGAGACGAACCGCUCCAAACAAAGAUUGGACACAUCCUGGAUGCUCCGGUGGAAGAACUUUGGAGCGCUCUAACCGUGCCUCUCAUCUCUGAGAACUCUAAGAGUAAAAGGUUUUCGGUCAUCCUUGAUGGACUGCAUUAUAUCGAACGAGAGAGGAAUACAUAUUUCAACGGGGUUCGUUCAUUCGUGGAGCGCAUACAAGAAAAAACCACAAAUUUCAAAUUCUUACUCACGAGCCUGCCGCUCGUUGAUAUCAAGAACACCUUUGGAUCAUUUCCAUAUAUCGAACACGAUAAGGAACGAAAAGCAUGCUUGGACACGCUCCGUUUUGAAAACACGCGAUAUGGAAAGAUCAGCCGCGAACACCAAGGUUCAUUCCGAUGGAUAUGGAAGCAUAAUGAGUAUUUAAGCUGGUCCACACCGAAUUCCUCUCGGUUACUCUACAUCCAAGGCAAGCCAGGUAGUGGAAAGAGCACCUUGACGAAGUACUUCAGCCAACGUCUUAAAAAGCGAGAUCCGGCUGUUGCAUCUGCAAUCGUAGCAAAGUUUUUCUAUAGCGAGAGGGAAGGGCAGCGAAGACAUCACUAUAUGCUCCGAUCUAUCCUUUACGAUAUCCUACAGCAGGAUGAGCCAUUUUUCUAUCAUCGAUUUCAAGGCGAGUAUCGGAAGCAAGUUGACAAGGGUGCAGGCGACGUGUGGGAGUAUGAGUCACUAAAGACGGUACUGCAAUCUCUGGCAGACUACUCGGCACCUACAGAAAGAAGGCUGUACCUGAUAAUUGAUGCAGUGGACGAAUCCAGUGAUGAUGACAGACGCAAUAUCAUCAAAUUGCUUUUUUCAAUAUGCGGCGAGGCGAAAUUUUGCAUCAAAGUAUUCGUUGCGAGUCGGCCGUUGGGAUCACUUGAAGUCUCUCGCACAAAAUUCCACAAUUUUAUAAGAUUACAGGACGAAACUAAAGAAGAUAUACGCCGUUUUGCAAGCUCGCUACUCGACGGACUCGAACUUAUCCACUACUUCUCCGAAGCGACAGAUUACAUCGUUAACAACGCGUAUGGCGUGUUCAUAUGGGUUAAACUAGUGGGACAGGAACUAUUAGUCUGUCACGAGGAAGGAUACUCUGAAGAGGCGGUAUUUGAGCUCCUCAAAGAACUUCCAACAGAGCUAGAGCAAUUUUACAUACGGAUGUUUCGGAGAAUGAACGGGGACCGACGCAAUAUAUCAGACGGAUCUAAGGUGUUUCACUUUGUUCUUCUCGCACGACGGCCGCCCAAGGUUAUUGAGCUGCUUCAUGCGCUCGCUAUUCCGGGAAACAUAGACACAACAUUCACCUUGGAUACGGAUAUCUCGGAAGAUAACUUUCAAAGACGUAUCCCACCCCUUCAGCGCAUAAUCUCGUGUAGCGGUAACUUUUUAGAAGCACGGUCAGUUCACGACGGAAGUAUUGGCAGAAUGAGCGUUGACUCUCUAUACAAUCACACAGUACAGUUUAUGCACCAAACUGCGCGAGAAUUCUUUCUCUCUACCGAGAACUGUGUCGCAGAAUCCCAAUUCCGCUUCAUCGGGGACAAAGCCCAUGGCAAUAUUUUUAUCACAUGUAUUCGAUAUCUGACGCUCUGCAUGCGAGGUAUAUCAGAGCGAUUUCCCCGCGGUGAAUUGUGGACGCUACAACGUUUUAGGGAUUGUGCUGGAUAUCUCAACGAAAGGCCACUGGUCUCCUACGCUCUAUCACAUCUUAAAUACCAUGCUUCUAAAUGUAAUGGAGAUCCCAGCCUUUCCAUUCUCGUAAAGCAAUUCAUCGAUGAAAUGUAUAGGACGAAGGGUAUCUAUUUGUUAGGCCGGUGGGCUAGUGGGAAUUUCGGUUGUCAACCUCCGAGCAGCGAUGAAGAAAGUGGAGCGUGGGAAUUUAAACAAUAUCUAUUACACGCGGCGGUUUGGAACGGACUAGCUCAAGCAACCGAAAUUCUGAUCCUAGCUAGUGCUGAUGGGACAGUGGAAGAUAAGGAUGGGCGGACGAUGAUAUGGUGGGCGGCAGCAGUAGGUCACGAGCGGGUGCUUGAAGCCUUGAUUCACACCCGUACAAAUGUAAAAAUUUCAAAAGCGGCAAACAUUGCCGAUUGCAACGGCAGGACUCCACUAUCAAUCGCGGCUGAGCAAGGACACGAUAAAGCUGUAGGCAUUAUCCUCAGGACAAAUAUGGUGGAUGCGAAUGCUGGGGAUCACUGGGAACAAACACCACUAUGGUGGGCAGCAAAGGAAGGGAAUGAAAAGGUAGUCGCAGCGUUACUGGAGGCUCUCGUGGAUGUCAACAAACCAAAUAGAGACAAGCAAACACCACUGUCGAUAGCGGCCGAGGGAGGGCACGGGGCAGUCGUCAAACUGAUUCUGGCGACAGGAAAAGCAGGCGUGGGCGUGGUGGAUAGGACUAAAUGGACGCCACUGUCAUGGGCGGCCCAUGAAGGGCAUUACGGAGUGGUGUGCCAAUUAUUAUCAUCAGAUAAAGUGAGGGUAGACUGCGAAGAUAUAUGGAAUCGGACGCCAUUACUAAUAGCAGCUGAGAGAGGCCACAAAGAAGUUGUAAAAGUACUACUAGAAAAGGGUAAUGCGGAUAUAGAAUCAGUAGAUGAGGAUGGAUGGACACCGUUGAUUGCAGCAACAAAAAAGGGAAAUCGGGAAGUGGUCAAUUUUUUAUUAGGUAAGAUGACAAGCCGGAACCCAAUAUUCGAUUGA